AUUCAAUUCCUUCCAGAGGUAGCAUUGAUCGACUGAUCGUCUCUUUUCAAUCUUUCUAUUCUUAUUUACUGCUCAAGUUAAACUUUUUAUUGGACAAACAAUGGCUGAAGAAGGAAAAGCUGAUAUUGCACUUAUUGGCCUUGCUGUUAUGGGGCAGAAUCUCAUUCUGAAUAUGAACGACCAUGGAUUUGUUGUCUGUGCUUACAACAGAACAGUAGAGAAGGUGGAUAGAUUCUUAGCAAAUGAAGCUAAAGGAACUAAGAUAAUUGGUGCACAUUCAAUGAAAGAAAUGGUUUCAAAAUUGAAGAAACCAAGGCGUGUUAUGAUGCUUGUGAAAGCUGGAAGUGCCGUUGACUCAUUCAUUGAUCAACUGGUGCCAUUAUUAGAGAAAGGUGACAUAAUUAUUGAUGGAGGAAAUUCUGAAUAUACAGAUUCACAACGUCGCUGCAAAAGCUUGAAGGAAAAAGGAAUUCUGUUCGUUGGUAGUGGUGUGAGUGGUGGUGAAGAUGGUGCUCGAUAUGGUCCAUCAUUGAUGCCUGGUGGCUCCCCAGAAGCAUGGCCUCAUAUAAAGACAAUUUUCCAGUCAAUUGCAGCUCAUGUUGGGGAAGAACCCUGUUGUGACUGGGUGGGGGAAGAUGGUGCUGGUCACUAUGUCAAGAUGGUUCACAAUGGCAUUGAAUAUGGUGAUAUGCAAGUUAUUUGUGAAGCAUAUCACUUAAUGAAGGAUGCUUUGGGUAUGAGUGAAGAUGAAAUUAGCAAGAUUUUGGAAGACUGGAACAAAGGAGAACUGGAUUCUUUCCUUGUUGAAAUAACGCGAGAUAUUUUGGCGUUCAAAGAUACUGAUGGAAAAGCCUUGGUCACGAAAAUCCGUGAUUCUGCUGGUCAGAAAGGAACUGGUAAAUGGACGGCGAUCUCAGCCUUGGACAAAGGAAUUCCCGUGACGCUGAUAGGCGAAGCUGUGUUUGCCAGAUGUUUGUCUUCGCUCAAAGACGAAAGGGUUGAAGCCAGCAAACAGCUGAAAGGACCAUCUGUAACAAAAUAUUCUGGGGAUAAAAAGGAAUUUGUUGAACACAUCAGAAAGGCUCUAUACGCUUCCAAGAUCGUGUCUUACGCUCAAGGCUUCAUGUUGCUGAGAGAAGCUGCUAAGCAAUACAACUGGAAUUUGAAUUAUGGUGGAAUUGCGUUAAUGUGGAGAGGAGGCUGCAUUAUUCGCAGUGUGUUCUUGGGAAACAUUAAGGAAGCUUUCGACAAGGACUCACAUCUUAAGAACCUGCUUUUAGAUGAUUUCUUCAAAAAGGCCAUUGAAAAAUGUCAGGAUUCGUGGAGAAAGGUUGUAGCCACCGCGGUGACCUUGGGUAUUCCUACUCCGACAUUCAGUUCAGCCUUGGCUUUCUACGACGGCUACAGGUCUGAAACACUCCCAGCGAAUCUGAUUCAGGCACAAAGGGAUUACUUCGGAGCUCAUACAUAUGAACUGUUAUCGGAUCCUGGGAAAUUUGUUCAUACAAAUUGGACAGGCCAUGGCGGAAACGUUUCCUCGAGCACUUACAACGCAUAGAUCAUUUUGUGGACCUCGCUUAAUAAACCGACUUUCAAUUUAUAAAAUUAUUUACUGAAAAGUAACCAGGUGUAUGUAAUCAGUCUUCAUUGCCAUAGGUAUCACGUAAGCUAGUCAACUUUGAUUAAAACUAAUCAAUAAAAUCUUA